AAUAUAUGAAUAUGAAGAUUUUGACUCAGCAGCAGGCACGUCCGAGACCAAAUAUGGACUUGAACUAACUGAUUCCUGGUAUAAAAUUCGUGCACGCAUCGAUCGACCGCUUCAACGUGCCCUGUCAAGAUCUAAAAUACGAAUUGGUUACAAGCUGGAAAUAUGUGGUGCCAAAAUUGAAGGUGGACGGGUUGGAGUGCCAGCUUUGGAUGCUUUGAGCUCAAACAUAUAUCUCAAACUUUCGGCCAAUUCGACAAGACUAGCUAAUUGGGAUGCUAAGCUAGGAGUUGGAAAAUUUCUCCCGUACGCGUUAUUGCGCAGCCUUUCACAAGAUGGAGGCUUUGUUUAUGCAAUUGAUGUAGUAGUAAUUCGAAAGUAUCCGCUGGCCUUUCGUGAAACCAUGGAUGAUGGAACUUUUAUCACGCGAGAUGCAAAGGGCGAAGAGGAAGCAAGGAAGGAAUAUGAAAAAAAGGUCAAUACGAUAAUUCAGUCGUCAGAAAACAAACUUGAAGAAAUAAACGAUGAAGCGGACUUAAAAGAAAUGUGUCAAAAACCUUUAUCUUUACAAGAAUUUCGAGAAAUCACUUCCGGUGAAGAGCUUUAUAUGCUUAUUAAUAAUAAUUCCGAGGCCUUCGAGUUCUCCCAAAAUUUAAGUCCAAAGCAAAUCGAAAGACUCU